AUGGGAAACCCUCGAACAGUCAACACGUUACGUUGUAUUAUGCAGCGUUACUCCCCUGAUUUGGUUUUCCUAUCUGAAACCAAAUUGGAUUCGGCAAGGAUAGAGAGAAUUUUACAUAGUUUGAAUUUUGAUAAUUACAUCUCGGUUGACAGCUGUGGUGCUAGUGCUGGUUUAAUUUUAGCUUGGCGGGAUGGUUUUGAGGAAAGAGGAGGUUGUUUAUGGCGUUUAACUGGUUUUUAUGGCUUCCCAAAAGAGAAUGAGAAGUUCAAAUCUUGGGAGCUUCUUCAUAAUCUUUUCUUGGAGGAUCAUGAGGCUUGGGUUGUUCGUGGAGAUUUUAAUGAAACCUUGUGGCAAAGAGAAAGGUGUGGGGGAAGUUGCAGAGAGGAGCGUAUGAUGAGGCAAUUUCGAGAGAUUUUAUCGUCCUGUCAGCUUGACGAGCUGGUCUCAAAAGGUUCUCGUUUUACUUGGUGUAGAGGAAAUGGUGACCGAGAUCCAAUUUUUGAAAGAUUAGAUCGCAUAAUCGGUAAUUUGGGGUGGAAAAACAUGUUCCCUACAGCUGUGUUCUUUGUCCUUCCAAGGGAAAAUUCAGACCACUCUCCGCUGCUUCUAGACUCUGAUUACCGAAGUUGUAAUAGGGAGGUGAGAAGAUAUAAACCUCAACUGUUUGAAGCUAUGUGGGUUAGAAGGUCGGACUGUGAGGGUGUGGUAAAAGAGGCGUGGGAUGCUAAUGGAGAGACUAGUUCGGUCUCAGUCUGGAAUAAAAUUGCAUGA